GACAGUGCGGCAAUCUCUGAAAGCGUGGAGCCUCCUUUGCUCUGGCACACAGACUGGGCUGCAUGGAAGAUCUAUUUGUCUGAGUACUGCGAGCGCACCAAGCAAGUGUUGCCCGUGAAAGAGACCCUGUCUCGUGCAGAGCGUAUCAAGCGCUUAAAGUGUACUAAGAAAGGAAAAGAAGUCUCUAUGAAAGAAAACGAUGACUCCCUGUUGCUCCCCGAGGCGUUUGACCCGUAUCAGCGGACUUAUAUUUGCACCCACGGUUGGAAAAAGAGGAAGUCACGCAGUGAAGUUAGUCGUCCAAAGCAGCAUAUACGGUUGACGGAUUGCCCGUUUAGAUUCGUGGUACAG